GGAAUAAUGACACGGAAGGGCGUAGUAUCGAGAGUAUGAUUUCUGCUUGUAUUGGGUAUUUGCGCCAUAAAAUUCAUGGCAAAAGUAUAUGAUGCAAGAAAUGAUCAGUCAAUCCCGAAUCCGACAAAGUAUGUACAGUCCAAGCAAGCCUUAGCCCAUGGCGAAAUUCGGUUCGAUGAUAGUCGGAUGUAUGUGUGCUAUGCGAAUCGUCCAGGACCACCAGGACCGCCAUGAGGGCCACCAGGACCGCCGGGGCCGCCGUGAGGGCCACCGGGGCCACCAGGGCCACCAGGGCCACCAGGGCCACCAGGGCCACCGGGACCGCCGUGAGGGCCGCCAGGACCACCGGGACCGCCAAAUUGUUGAGGACCACCGGGACCUCCAGGGCCGCCAGGACCGCCUUGAGGGCCGCCGUGAGGGCCACCGGGACCGCCAGGACCGCCAGGACCGCCUUGAGGGCCGCCGUGGUGAGGGGGAUUUUCGUGGUGGUGAUGGAAGAGACCCAUUGUGAAUGAUAGAUAGAUGAUAGAUGGUUGUUUGAUUGAUAUGUGAAGAAGGAGGGAGCUCAGCUCGCCUUAUAUAGGACAGUCUCGGAGCCAAGC